AUGGCAGAGAAGGCGUUUCCGGAGCUUGCGCAGAAGCUGAACGCCCCAGUGCGCAAAACAGCCUUCGAGCGACAGAAAGAAGAAGCGGAAGCAAAGCGCAAGCGUGAGGAGGCAGAAACUGCGGCCGCACUGAAAGAGUUUGAAGAGUCUUUCGCCGAUGAUGCCGGGCAAGGUCAGGGCAAUAGUACACAUAACAACCACGGGGGUCGAGGUGGACUUGGACUUAGAGGCGGCAUGAUGCCAGGACCGAGGAGACAAUUUGGAAGCGGCAAUGUGAGGGCGAGCGGUCCAGGUUCGCUACCGCCUCCACCAAUAUCUGGGCGCAAGCGAGUCUACGAUGGUUCCUUUGCCUCAACGCAGCUGCAGGACAGAGGCAUGUUCUCGUACAGCGAUCGGUCACAAAACGAAUCGAGGCAUACACUACAGGCCGCGUCCGACAGCGAGGAGGAUGUGGAAGACAAGGAAAAGGCAGCCCCCAGGCAGACACUACAGCUCUCGGACCUGCCUAUAGGGACGACGCAAGAUGAAAUCCUAACUCUGCUUCAUGAACAUGCACCCAAGCUGAAAGUGGACAAGGUGGACCUAUUACCACCACCAGCGCCUGGUAACACAUCACGGAAAUCACUUUCGGCAAUCGUCACCAUGGCAGAAGGCACUGUCAAUCGAGAUCUCGACUCUGCAAUCACUACACUUCAAAGACUAUAUCUAGGGCUUGGACAUCGACUCUCCGUAUCGCGACAUCUGUCAUCAAACCUCGCAGGACUUGGUACAGGCCAAGCACCUCAGCAUGAUGUCCUACCAUUUGGUGCCAAAGUCCUUGAGCUCGAACAACACCAGCCUAGGAUGCGAUAUAAUAUGGCUGCGCCUCCGCCAGACCAAGGUUUUGGACCGGGCAGCUUCAAUUCUGCAUCUAAUCAUAGUCUACCGUCAACCGUGUACGUCAAGGUUCCCUCAGACCUGCGUCAAUUGAAGCUCAUCAACAAGACUAUUGAAGGGCUUAUCAAGAACGGUCCUGAAUUCGAAGCAGCCCUGAUGCAACGCCCGGAAGUUCGCUCCGAAGAGAAAUGGGCUUGGUUAUUCGAUUCAACUAGUGUUGGCGGGGUGUAUUUCCGCUGGAGGUUGUGGUACCUCACCAGCGGACGUUUUGCAGAGCGUGAAGAAGAGAGAAACGAGGCGGGUACGCAGGCUCCUGAAGUUCUCUUCAGAGAUGAAGCUCCGUGGCAAGCUCCAGAUCGGCGACCGCGUUUCGAGCGUGUCACGCAAGUUGAAGAUUUUCUGUCGGAUCCCGAAUAUGACGAGGACGAAGAGGAAUAUUCUGACAACGAGGAAAGCAAAAAGGCACCGGAACUUAACCUCACUGGGGAAGCAAGCGAAGCACAGUAUCUGAAUCCAUUGCACCGCGCGAGACUUACCCACCUGUUGGCACGAUUGCCCACAGGACCAGCAACUUUGCGUCGAGGCGAUGUGGCUCGGGUCAGUGCAUUUGCCUUCCGACAUGCAGGUCAAGCAGCAGAAGAAGUGGCGCAGUUGCUUGUGGCCAACGUAGCGCACCCACUAUCGCUCACGGAUGCAAAUCCAUACAACCAUCCAUCGGGUGGUAUCGAAUACGUAGAGGAAGACUUCUCAGGUGGAGAAAAUGACUACAACUCAGAGUACGAACCACCGGAAGAGGUUGUGCCUACAACCGAGGAGAAAGUCUCGACAGAGACAAAGUCAAGUGACUCAAGCGUGCUGGGUGACAUAAAGAUGGAAGAUGUGCAGGACGAGAAGGAAGAUACGUCGUCCGCAAAGCUCAUCGGAUUGUACGUUAUUUCGGACGUACUUCAUGGGUGCGACACAGCAGGUGUACGUAAUGCAUGGAAGUACAAAGGUCUGGUGGAGAAGGCUUUUAAAGACCAAAAAAUAUUCGAGCAUCUGGGCCGUAUGGAGAGAGAGAUGGGCUGGGGUAGGGUCAAAGCCGACCGGUGGAGAAGCCGCGUUAUGAACUUACUCGACAUCUGGGCCGGCUGGUCACUCUAUUCCACCGACACCAUGCAGGGCUUUAUCGACGCGUUCAAAAACCCACCCUUGACCGAGGAGGAAAAGGCUGCCGAUGAAAAGGAAAAGAGGGAGCGUGAAGAGAGAAGAAAUGCGCAGAAAGCCAAGGCUCCAGUCAUAAAGCAGAGCAGUGAUCUUGCGGCGGACGACACGAUGGACGGAACAUCGGAAUCUAAUAACGCGGUCUCUGCCCUUGGCGGAGAUGCAGAAGGCGAUAAGAUGGAUCUGGAUAAUGCCAGUGAUAAGAAGGGCGAGGCAGAGACGAAGACAAGAGAUGCCGAAGACGUUGAUGCCGCUAAUGGCAUCUUUGGCUUUGACACAGUCACGGAAGAACAGAGAAAAGGCGGGCAACCUUCGCGUCCAGCAGCGCCUAGGAAUACCAUCGUAUCCAAGGGACCCAAGCGGCCGAGUACGCGAGAAAUGCUCGACGACUAG